AUGUUGUGUGUUCUAGAAUUUGCCCUGUGGGUGGUUGCGUAUGUGAAGCCGCUUGUGAUGGGAGUAUAUCUCUGCCGCUGCUUGCGCGAGGGACAACCGGUUGACGCGACUCUUAUUACUAACUUGACGCUGGCCAUGAUGCUUCUGUGGCUGCUGGAAGUGCUGGACUCACUCGUUCUCGCACAUCUCCUCUCAAUGCGAGCACUCUACAUUUGUGGCCGCAUCAUUUUGUCUCUCUAUCUGCUCCACCCGCAGUUUCGCGGGGCGACCCGCGUGUACAACCGCUUUCUUGCCGUCUCCGUUGCUCGCUACGCGCCGCUUGUGGACGACCUCAUGGCGCAGCAUCUUGUGGAGCUCGAGCGCUCCGGCAUCUUUUGUUAUGUGGGCACUGCAGGGCGCUCGGUGAUUCUCGCUGCCAGGGUUCUGCUAGACUUUGUACAGCAAUUGGUGUUUUCCUCAGCACCAGCAUCACUUUUGCCGCAACCGGAACAAUGCCCGAAGGCUGUGGUCUUUCCGGAGGCCUCACCACAGUUCAUAGAUAUUUUUUCGCAUUAA